AAGAGUUUAACAAGGUGGGAUGUGAAAGAUUUAUAAAUUCUCAGAGUUUGAACCUUCUUGUGCGAGAAGUUUGUGCGUUUUGGUGAAUCAUCGGAUUUGCUGUGACUGCCUUAUUAAUUUGCGUACGGACUGAUGUCACUGAUUAUCAUGUAUUUCGGUAGUAAAUGGCUAAAGCUUACUGAAAAGUUGAUAAUUGAGUGAUGUGUGCUCCCAACGAUACGAUAAUCAUUCAUGUGUGAACUAUGUAGUGGAAGUUUAUUGAAUAGCAUGAGCCUGACUAAGAUUUAUGAGUUCAGCUGGAAAAUAUUUGAUGUUUGAACUUUUAUACUCUUCAAGUUUAUCUCUGACGAUUACAGAAGUGCCACAUUGUAGGUGCUUUUCCGAGGGUUAAAACGUGCUGUGACGUUUCGACACCCACGUGCUUUUUUAACGUUUCUGUGAUCACAAAUUGAUAAGAAAGAGAGCGUACGUCGGAAGAAUGUGUAGAUUUAUAUGGAAUACAAGUGACGUGUGUAAAGAUUCUUUUUCGGUGAAAUUUAGCACAUUAGAAAUUUGUAGCGCUUUUUUUAUAAGAAAUGUCUAUGAAGCCUUUAAGAGGAGCUGAGAGGAUAUUGAGAGAAAAAAAUCUCACUAAAGACUGACAGGAUCACGGACAAAUGGAGAGGAAGAGGAGCGAGCGAGAGAUGGAGGAUGUGGCCGCUCAGGAACCCCUCAAAGGCCCCGAAGAUGGGAAGGACAAAGCAGUUGGAUUAAAGAGGGAGAUGGGCUUGUUGGCUGCUGUUAAUAUCAUCAUUGGUGUGAUGAUUGGAUCAGGAAUCUUUGUAUCCCCAACAGCAGCUCUGAAGUAUUCAGGGAGUGUCGGAAUGUGCCUGGUGGUGUGGUCAGUUUGUGGAGUGAUAUCCUUAAUUGGUGCCCUGUGCUUUGCCGAACUUGGUACAGUAGUUCCACGAUCUGGAGCCGACUAUGCGUAUCUUUUGGAAUCUUUUGGACGGCUCCAUAAAUUCUGGGGACCAUUGCCGGCAUUCAUUUGUUCAUGGAUCUAUGUUGUUGUUCUCAGACCCGCUGAAGUUGCCGUAAUUGUGCUCACAUUUUCCGAAUACUCCAUUCAACCCUUUGCAAAUAUGCUUGGGCUCAAUGAGAUGAAUGUUGAGGACCAGGAGAUGAUUAUAAAAUUAAUAGCAUUCCUGGGACUUGGGAUAAUCACCUACAUCAAUAUGAUGAGCGUUAAGUUGUAUGUACAUAUCAACAAUAUUUUUGGUUUUUGCAAGGUGAUUGCAUGCCUUAUUGUUAUUGGGGGUGGAAUAUAUGAAUUGUCCAUUGGCAACACGAAAAAUCUCACCAGUGGCUUCCAAGGGACAACCACUAAUCCCGGAUUUAUAGCACUUGCUUUCUACAAUGGACUUUGGGCGUACGAUGGAUGGUCCAGUGUUACGACUGUUACAGAAGAGAUAAAAGCGCCAGAAAAAAAUAUACUGAGAUCAAUUGUUAUCGCUGUACCGAUUAUCACAGGGUUGUAUGUUUUUAUGAAUAUGGCCUAUAUGACUGUUCUUAGUGCUGAUGAGAUGAUGACAGCCCCAGCAGUUGCUGUGGCAUUUGGGAAUCGAGUUUUGGGUCCUUUCUCCUUUGUCAUUCCCUUGGGAGUGGCUCUGGCAACUUUUGGAUGUGCCUUAAGCAUUCAAUUUGGUGUCACAAGGCUGUGCUUUGUGGCUGGACAGGAAGGUCAUAUGCUAAAGCUCACAUCUUACAUUCACGUGAGACGAUUUACACCUGGACCAGCCGUUGUCAUGCAGGGCGUCAUUGCUUUUCUGUUUAUGUUGGUGGGAAAUAUUGGGGAACUCAUAGAGUUUGCUUCAUUUCUCAUUUGGUUUUUCUACGGAUGUGCCACUGUAGCUCUCCUCAUUAUGCGCAAAACCCAUGCCAAUGUCCAUCGACCCUACAAAGUGCCACUUAUAUUGCCAUUUAUCACCCUAGCCGUGUCCAUCUUUCUAUCUGUGAUGCCAAUGAUUGCAGAUCCAUCUCUCAAGUAUCUCUUUGCCGUGGCCUUCAUAUUGAUGGGUGUUGCGGUCUAUGUGCCAUUUGUCUAUUACAAGAAGAAACCUAAAAUGAUGGGUAAAUUUACGUAUAUUAUCCAAAUGCUAUUCGAGGCUGUACCAUCGGAAAACGAAAGUGUCGAUUGAGAUUCUUAUUGUAAAAUUUAUAAAUAUUUUGUUAAUAAUUUUUUUUGACUGUU